UGCUGCGCUGCUGGGGCGCCGGGGAAGACGCGGGCGCGGGCUUGCGGUCCACUCGGGACGGCGGGCUCGGGGAAUCUGGUCGGCGGGAACCCGCUCUGGAAGCCGAGCCUUCGGGACCCCGCCGGGCGGCUCCCGCGGGGCUGGGCGCGAUGAAGCCUGCGGCCGCCGGCUGCGCACUGCUGGGCGGCCUCUGCCUGGCCCUCUGCCUGGGCGGCGCGCGCGGGCUCCCCCGGAGCAGCGGCGACAGUGAGUGGAGGAAACUGAUCAUGGUCCACCACUGGCCUGCGACUGUGUGCAAGGAAGUGGAAGAUGAUUGCAAGGACCCUCCGGACUACUGGACGAUCCAUGGCCUGUGGGCUGACAGAGCUGAACAGUGUAACCGCUCAUGGCCCUUUCACUUAGAAGAGAUUAAGGAUCUUUUGCAAGACAUGAGGAUCUACUGGCCCGACGUGAUCCACUCACCCAGUAACCGCAGCUCCUUCUGGAAGCACGAGUGGGAGAAGCACGGGACGUGCGUCGCUCAGCUGGACGCCCUCGACUCCCAGAGGAAGUACUUCGGCAAGGGUCUGGACCUGUACAGGGGGCUCGCCCUGAACAGCAUGCUCCAAAAAUUGGGGAUACUACCGUCUGGCAACUACUACCAGGUGUCCGACAUCAAAGACGCCCUUGCCAGCUUGUACGGAGUCGUGCCCAAAGUCCAGUGUCUGCCGCCGGAGCAGGGCGAGGGGGUGCAGACCCUCGGCCAGAUCGAGCUGUGCCUCACAAAGGACCUGCAGCUGAGGAACUGCACGGAGCCCGGGGAGCCGGCGGGCAGCUGGCGGGGCGCGGGGCCGGCCCGGCCGACCAGGAGCCUGGAGGUGUGCGAGGACGGCCCCGUCUUCUACCCCCCGCCCCGCUAGCCCUGUCGCGGACGCCUGCGCUCGGCAGUGCGCUGUCUGGAGCAGUGAGAGGACGUCACAGGCAGUCCUUUCCACAGUGACAUCUCGUGUGCUGUUGGCCGCCUUGUUUUGCUUUCCCUUCCAGAAUGUGAGUGGAUUUUGCAGUACAUGGAAUAAAGCUACGUGUCGUCUCUUUGCUCCUGUGCUAGUCUCUUUGGC